AUGGAGGUUCAAUCAAUUUUCAGCAGCACGGAUCAUGGUGAAACUUGGAAGGAUUUGGGUCACAUUAUCGAAGGCCCACCACAAGGCUGGAGCGUUACCGGAUUUCGUGACCCUUAUGUGUUUCCGAGCCCUGAACUCGAUGCUAUUCGUGGAGUCGGGCCGCAUUAUUAUCUCACUUUGGGUUCGGGCCUCAAAGGGCAAACCCGGGCCACAUCUCCCAACAAUAAACGCCCUGGAUUUUUGGGCGCUCGUAUGCCUCUUUAUGCCGCGCCUGCGUCGGAUUUAAAGAGAUGGUCCUUUAUCGGGCCUGUUUGGGAGUCCGCCCCCAAUGCAAGCCUUGGUCAUCCCGAUGUAACCGGUUCUUACGGAUAUAAUUUCGAAACCAGCGGGAUAUUUACCCUCCCAAUCAACCGCAAUGGGGGCAGCAGCAGAGCUAACAGCGCAUGGUUUGCUCUUAUGGGCACCGAAGGUGGCAAUACGGCACUGCAUCAGCAUGAACACUGGGCUGUCUGGUCCCGCGGUACAAUGUCCGCUACAGGUGGACGUGGCGGUGGUGCAAAAUUCACGCCUACGUCCAGUGGAGCAGCGGAUUGGGGCAUUUCAUAUGCCCAUACUUCGUUUGUAGAUGGCCGCAGAGGAAACGGCAACAGGAGGGUUAUGUGGGGCUGGGCAAACGAAGAUAUCGACGAUAGGAAGAAUCAUCCCAUAGGAUCAUGGCAGUAUCACGUCCUCAAGGCUUUCGGCUAUGGAGGAUGCAUGAACCUGCCCCUUGAACUUUUUGUCAAGAGCACCCCAGGACUACGGAGGUCGAGCACCUAUAGUGACGGAAACGAAUGGAUUCCCGAUUCUAAGAGUGCAUAUACUGCCCAAACUAUGGGCAUCAGACCUUUACCUGACGUAAUGAGACUGCUUACGAAUGGAGCGAUUCAAAAGACCUUUAACGUUGGAGUUUUGCAGGCAUAUAGUGCACCGAUAAAGGUUAUCCAAAAUGCGGGCGAUUCUUGGGUUAUGAAGGUCACCCUUAAACCUAUUCAGGGUACUGCCGGAAUUAUUAUUGCGCAAAGCCCAGACAACGCCGAAUAUACCAGGAUCAUAUACGACGCUCAUGCCAAACAAAUCGUGGUGCAGCGGGAGCACAGCACCUUGUUGAAAGGCGUGUUUAACACCCAUACGCUAACAGGCCAUUUUGAACCGUACACGUCUGCCACCGGUGUAACCGAGGAUAUUAAUUUCACCAUCGUAUUUGACAAGUCCUUGGUGGAAAUCUUUGUCAACGACAGGUUUGCGCUCACUACCCGGGUUUACACCGUUCGUCCUGACAGCACUGGAAUAAGUUUCUUUGCUGGCAGGGCGAACCCCGCCACGUGGACGCAGGCUACAAUUUGGAAAGGGCUGAAUAAGGCUUGGCCGAAACGACCUGAGGAUUCGAGCUCGAGGCUGGUCUGGGAUUCACCCAAGGUCACGAACGGUUAUACUUACUGGGAAGGAUGGUAA